AUGGAGGAGCCGCUGCCUCCGCCGCCACCGCCGCCGCUGCUGCCACAGGCGCCCCCGCCGCCCGCCCCGCCCGACAGCGCCGCCCCCGCCGCCCCGCUGGAUGGGGAGCCCGCGGCCGAGCCCGCCACCGAGUGGAACAUCCCGCCCAACGCGCCCGCCUGCAUGGAGCGGCACCUGGAGCGCGCGCACUACCGCGCAGACGGGGCCCUGCUGCUGGGCGCCUCCGGGCUGAACGGGCGCUGCUGGACCGGCUCGCUGUGGGUGUUUGCCGAGCCCCGGCGCGCCCCCAGCGAGGGCUUCUGCACCGCCGGCGUGCAGACCGAGGCGGGGGUGGCCGACCUGUGCUGGCUGGCUGACAGGGGCAUCUUGGUGGCCUCCGACUCCGGUGCAGUGGAGCUGUGGGAGCUGGAGGAGAAUGAGAGCCUCAUCGUGAACAAGUUCUGUAAAUACGAGCACGAUGACAUCGUGACCUCGGUGUCGGUGCUGGCCGGCAGCAGCCAGGCUGUCAGCGGGGGCAGGGACUGCUGUGUGAAAGUCUGGGACAUCCCGGAGCAAACGGUGCUGCACUCCUACAGAGCUCACGCCGAUGCAGUGACAUGUGUGGCUUCCUGUCCUGGUAAGGACACUGUGUUCCUGUCCUGUGCUGAGGACAACAGAACUUUACUCUGGGACACCAGAUGCCCCAAACCAGCUACCCGAAUUGUUUGCAGUGCCUGUAAUUACCUCCCUACCUCAGUCAUGUGGCAUCCACAGAAAAGUGACAUCUUUGUCUUGGGUGAUGAAAGUGGAACAGUUGCACUGGUGGACACAAAGAAUCCUGACUCUGCCCUCAGCGCUGCCGUGCACACCCGAGGCAUCACAGGCUUUGCUUUCUCUGCACACAGUUCACCCUUACUGGCUUCCAUCAGUGAAGACUGUUCAGUUGCUGUUCUUGACUCAGACCUCUCAGAGGUGUUCAGAGACCAUUCUCAUCGAGACUUUGUAAAAGGCUUGUCCUGGUCUCCUUCAGAUGAUGCCUUGCUCACUACAGUUGGAUGGGAUCAUCAGGUUUUACAUCACACUGUCCCCCUACCAGCUGGUGAAGCUUCUGGAAUCAACUGUGUAAAAGAAUAGUUUUAUAAACUCAUGGUCCAAGUUCCUUGCUGGCAUCACUUUGAUUCUGCUGAAGUCGCAGGUGUGUGAGCUGGAGUGGGGUCUGGUGUCUGCCUCCAAGCUUGUGGCUAAGAAGGUUCCUGUAGUAAUUUUGAAUUAGGCAUAAGUUAGUUACAAACCAAGCUUUACCCUCUCCUCAGGAGCAGCUUCUCCUGUAAUAAAAGACUUUGGUUUUACUCAGAAAAAAAUUGACUUCAGGCACAGAGGAGACUUGGAGAGUCAGGGAAUUAGGUGUAAUGAAAAAGAAAUAAAGUCAAAAAGACUUGAUCCUUUCCUCAGUUCUCCAGACUACCCAUGGAAUUCAUAGAAGCUUCUGGGGGAGGUUUGCAACAUGCUUCUUGUUGGAAAGGUGUGAGAGCCUCACCCUUGAGCCAAGUUCUUUGCUCUGUAAAUCAGGUGGAAUGAAAAUACCUGUUGGGAUGCAGGGGCUAGAAGGGUUCCAGUGUUGUCCUUACUGCAGCACGUGGUUGGUGAGGGGGAUUCAGCCUCAGUAGCAGUGGGGAGCCUCUGGGGAGCACUGCCUGUGCACUGGUGUAGGAUAGCAGUGUUUGCUGUAAAUACCAAUGUUGGUGUCAGGAGGUAAAGUGAGGAGCCCAGCUGGAGCCCUGCAGCUCAACACCCUGGGAUGGCGCUGGAACCCUGGCAUGCCAGGGGCACUGGCAGCAGGAGGGAGCGGGUGCUGUGCUCUCUGGCACCAGGGUUCAUCUCCUCUGUGCUGAAGGCAGCUCACUCGAGGAUAGGAGCUGUGAACAGAAGGUUUAUGUGGGGUAGAACUGCACUAAGGACUUCAGUUGUCAUUCGCUUGCUCCUGUACCAGACUGUGCUUAGUGAUAGCCCGGAUCCACGCACUUGUGGCAAGUGACUUCUUGUGCUGGCACUGAGGGGAUAGGACACUGCCCUACCCCCAGGCCAGCCUGCACAGAGCCCUCUGAGGUGCUUUUGUCAAAUACCACGUACAUUUCUAACUCAGCUGUUCACCUGGAGAAAGUCACUGCUCUGCAUGCAUUGCUGCUGCUCUAGGUAUGGCUUGCUCUGGCCUAGCAUUUCCUAGACAGAAUUAAGCAAGUCCUGACUGAUGAAGCAAAAAUGCCAUUGAAGUGAAUGUUACCCCUGGUUCUUUAGCAUGAUAGCAGCACUUAAAUGUACAGUGCUUCCAGUUUUUACCUCUGCAUCCACAUAGGUUUAGUUGUGCAAAGCCCACAAUUGAUUUUGAGGCAGACUAAGCUUUCCCAGGCUCUGUACUUCUCUCAUACUCUUUGUAAACCUCACUUGCUGCUUUUUAAAUUCCCGUGUCAUACAGGUGUUCACAGCAACUGCCUGUUCUAGAGCAGCGUAUGACAAGAGAUGGUAAAUGAUGAUAAAAACUGACACAUUUCCUCAGAAAUACCCCUUGAACCACAAAGUCCUCUCUUGGGGGGAUGCUGUACUGAAACAGGUUUUGUGCUGGUUCUGAAAAUGUCUUGGAAGAUGGUUUUCAUUUGUAACUGGGGUUAACUUUCACUGGGCCACUUCUGUAGCACUGAAGAGCCAGCUGAGAUCAUCCACACAGUUCAAGUUGUGAUUUCAGUCCCUGAUAUUAAAACUGUUCUUAAAUAAA